AGCCUUAACAGUCAAAUUUAAUUAUUUGACAAGUGAUUUUUUUUUUUAAAUCUUCUCGAAUCUCUGAACAAUGCCUCCAACCAUACAGAACGGAGCUGCUGAGAAGCGCAGUGUAGCACGACCAGCAGAGAAAAGAUUGGAGCUUAUAUGCAAAGUCAAAUUUUGCAACUCGCUUCCAGACAUUGCAUUUGAUCCAAAGUUCAUUAGUUAUCCCUUUGACACAAACAGGUUUAUUCAGUAUAAUCCAACAUCUCUAGAGCGCAACUAUAAGUACGACGUACUCACUGAGGACGAUUUGGGAGUUGAGAUCGAUUUGAUAAACAGAGAGACUUACACCAGUGAUCAAAAUGCUCAAUUAGAUCCUGCAGAUGAAAAGUUACUGGAAGAGGAUGUUCUUAUGCCACAAGAUUCGAAAAGGUCGAAGCAUCAUGCAAAAAGUGUAUCUUGGCUCAGACGUACAGAAUACAUUUCCACGGAACAAACGAGAUUUCAACCUCAAACCACAUCUGACAAAGUUGAAGCAAAAGUUGGUCAUAAUAUUAAAAAGCAUUUUAAGGAAGAAACGUUAUGUAUGGAUCGCGAUUCACAAAUUAAAGCUAUUGAGAAAACAUUUGAAGACAAUAAGAAACCCAUUGAAAAACAUUACAGUAAAGCUAACGUUCAUCCUGUGGAAAUUUCUCCUGUUUUUCCAGAUUUCAAGCUGUGGAAAUACCCUUGUGCCCAAGUUAUUUUUGAUUCUGACCCAGCACCUAUGGGACUGUCGGUUCCUGCACAAAUUGAAGAGAUGUCUCAAGCAAUGAUUCGUGGUGUGAUGGAUGAAAGUGGAGAACAGUUUGUUGCUUACUUCUUACCGUUUGAGGAAACUCUCGAAAAGAGAAAGCGAGAUUUCUGUUCUAAUAUUGACUAUGCCGAAGACGAAGAGUAUGAUUACAAGAUGGCUAGAGAGUACAACUGGAAUGUCAAAAGUAAGGCCUCCAAAGGUUACGAAGAAAAUUAUUUCCUCGUUAUGCGUGAAGAUGGGGUGUAUUAUAAUGAAUUGGAGACGCGUGUAAGACUGAGUAAGCGUAGACAGAAGGUUGGACAACCGGCUAACAACACGAGGCUUGUGGUACGCCACCGGCCAUUGAACGCCACAGAAUUCCGUAUGCAACGUUACAGAGAAAAACAACUUGAACCACCUUGUGAGGAAGACGAAGAGGAGGAAGAAGAGGAAGAAGAAAUGGUACCUCAAAAGACCGAGGACAAGAACGCAGAAAGAGGAUCCGAUGCGGAAGAAAACGAGGAUGCUGAUGAAGAUAACACAGAUAACGAGAAAGGCGAGAACGAAGAAAAGGUUCAGAAAGUCAAAAAUGAGGGGAGAUCACGUUCAUCUUCGAGGGCUUCGAGCCACAAUUCUGACAAGUCGAGAUCUCGGUCCCGGUCGCCCUCGAAAGCUCGCUCUGUGCGCUCCACGCGCUCGAGUCGCUCUGUGCGUUCUUCACAGUCGCACUCCCCGUCAAGGUCACGCUCGGGCUCCCCGGCCAAAUCGCAGUCACGCUCGAGGUCCCGUUCGCGCUCAGGUUCUGCCAGUGAAGCCGGUAGUGCCAGUGGGAGUGCCAGUGGUAGCGGCAGCGCCAGUGGUAGUGGCAGCGAAAGCGGCUCAGAGCCCGAGUGAAGUCAACCGCGCUCGUCCCGGGCACCUAUUAAUUUUUUUUCUUGUUUAGAAGUUUCUCUUUACAUCUCAGGUUCGCGAAAUCAAUUUACUUAUUCAAGUUCAUCCAAUCAUAUUUUUCCAUUGUAUUAUCUCCAUAAUUCAUAUUAUUUCAUGUUGAAUAGCAACAACAAAAAACUUGUACAGUACGUGUUUACGUUACCUGAACACCUCAUU